AUGCAGACUUAUCCGGAGAAAGUCUACGACGUUACAAACUGUGUGGAAGCAUAUGGGGCCUCAUGGCUCGGCAUCUUCACCAGGAAGACGCUGGAAUUGCAAAGCGAAGAGAUUGUGCUGAAGACCCAGAAUUGCUGCGUGUCCGCCGUGCAGCGGCGGCCAUAUGCGCAGCUGAACGUUUUGGAGCAUCGCAGCACCUGCUUUGGCCUGGCAAAUGGUAUCAACUCAGACCUAGCGCCGAUGGAUGAUGAUGGAAACGGUGGCAUUGUCCCAGGGUGCGGCUGUGACGCAGUGUAUGUUCAGGAGAUCGUGCGUGAGAUGAACCUGCGGAAAGAAGGUCGUGGGAAAGUGGCGCAAAUGAGACAGCAAAAGUGCAUGCUGGAAAAAAUAACGCAGUUGUCUUUGAAAGUUCCGAUGCUUUUGAAGACGCUGGGAGUGGAGUACCCGCCGAGCGAUGCCACACUUCGGCGCGUGUUUCCUGAAGGAGCGCCCGAAAUGCGACCACUCGCCAAAGUGAUCGGCAUGGAGCCGCUCCCAGAGUUUGGAUCAAGCGAGUACGACGUGACACACUGCUGCCAAAAUAUCGCAUGCACGUCAAGGCUGUUAGAGCUUGGGCCAGAUGAAGCGACCAUCACGACAAGGCAGAGUCUCACAGGAAGCGUCAUGACAGCCAAAGUCCCUUACGCAAACAUUGAGUCGGUGGACGCCAAGAAUGCUUGCUGCUGCCUGAGCAUGUUGACAGCGGGGGAGCUCACUCAGCCUCCCGGAAAGGAGAUAGAUGAGGGCAUAAGCCCUGGUUGCGGUUGCAAUGGCCCUCUGGUCGAGCAAAUACGAGCAGAUCUUCAAGCACGCGUAGAUGUGCGCGGCAACUUGGGGCAAAUCAAGCAGCUGGAGAAGAUGAUGCUAAAGUUUCACGACGUGGCAGCUCAGCUUCCACUCAUUUUGGACAAGGUCGGCGCCGACACCUCCUACCCACCAAAGCAAGAGACAAUGACAAGCAUCUACGGAAGCUCUGGGCCGGACUUGUCUCAACGUUCUGCGGCCCCGCACGCAACAGCAAGCGAGCAGUUUGAAACUAAGGAGUACGACGUGCAGAACCAAACGCAAAAUAUUUGUGACUUGAUUUGCACGCUGGGCAUAGCAGGUUGCAGCACUCACACCUUGACCCUGGAGCCUGAGCAGGCUGUUACGAGACGCAGCAACAAGUGCUUCAAUUCUGUCGACAGGAAGCCAUAUGCACAGCUUGGUUCUGUAGACGAAAAGGUUUGCUGUUGUAUACACAGCGUCAAUGGACUUGCUCCAGGUUGCUGCGGUGACCCAGUCCUUGUUAAGGAGAUCGCUGAGGAAAUGCAGGCUCGCAAAGUGGGGCGCGGAAACAUUGCGCAACUGCGAAACCAGGAAAACACAAUGAUCAAGGCCUUGGAGACAGAUGUCCGCACGGAUGUGUUUAUGCACAAAAAAGGCAUGGAGUACCCCCCAUCGCAGCAAACACUUCACGCAGUGUAUGGGCCUUCGGUGCCAAAGCUUCCUCCAGAUGAGCCCGUGCAUUUGAACGCCUCUGAGCAAUUGGAAACGAAGAACUAUCUUAUCACGAGCGCCUGUGAUCAGUACUGCUGUUGUGGCACCACCACCAUGGAGCUCAAUGACGAGGAGGCAAUCUUCCGAUAUAACAACUGCCUUUGCAGCGACACACGAAGGGAGCCGUAUGCGCAGUUGGGCUCUGUUGAGCCCAUGUCUCAAUGCAUGGGGCAGUGCAGCAGCGUCCACACAGAUCAGAACCACAUCUGCCCUGGAUGCGGGUGCGAUCAUACCCUUGUCAACGAUGUAGCAACGGAGCUUCAAAAUCGCAAAGUCAAGCGUGGAAACAUAGCCCAGAUCCGCCUGCAGGAGAACCUAAUCCUUGAGGUGAUCAAGCUCGGAAUCAAGUACGACAUGAUUCUACACAAGGAAGGCAUUCAGUAUCCUCCAGACCAGGAGAAGAUGAAGCUUAUCUUUGGCGAAGGUGCUGCGAUGCCAGAUUUGGAUGCCCCUGCAGCACCUCGCCGCGCUUCUCGCAGCUUUAUGCAAGUGGUAGUGCCUGCUGGCCUCCGGGCUGGGGACGCGUUCCAGGUCACAAGCCCGCUCGGUGGACAGUUUGAAGUCACAGUUCCUGAGGGAGCCGUAGAAGGUCAAUCCAUACAAGUUGAGAUCCCGCGCGUUGAGCCAGCUCAAGAGACUGAGCUCGCUCCGCCACCUCGGCACAGUCAUUUUGAUAUUGCAAGAUGA